CGAGGAAACCGUUAAAGUGAAAGAGCAUCGUCUUCAUACGCAUGUGAAAUGGUUAUGAUAUGGGAUCUGCAUGCAGUACUAAGAAUCAGAAUCAAAUCACAAUUAUUUGAAAUGGUCAUGGGAGUCGAUCGUCUCAACCACUCCCCAGAAUGUUAUUUAAAGCAAUUCGUCUCUCUUCUUUGUUAUCAAUUCUCUUUUCAUUAAAAUGGCCACGAAUUACAGCUUCUUCUGCUCACUUCUUGUGUCCCAACUGUGGGAAAGAGACCUACUACACGAAAGAUCCUCUUACCUCUGAACAAGUUAACAAGCUAGACUCUGAAGGAAAACUUCCCACAUGUGUUACCCAGGAUUUCAUAUUGCAACUGAUCAAAGAUUCCUGCCCUCAGAAUGAAACCUGUGAAAUAUGCCACGUACAAAUAGAUGCCGGGUCUUCAGUUUUUUCAAUCCCUCAGUGCCUCCACAAGAGGUUCCAUAAGAACUGUCUGUUGGACAGAUUGUCCCAAGACUACCAUUGUCCGACGUGCCAGAGGGAACUGCCACUGGAGACGGCAACAAAGCGCUGGUUUUACACGCAGUCAACCGAUCCCUCCACCCUCGGGCGUCAAGAUAUGGUUUGGAUGAACACGGAAGAAUGGAAAACUGGGAAACUGAGAUGAUCGACAGAAGCGAGCUUGAGAGGAUACAAGGACUCUGUUUACCCCUGUUCUUUGGUUCCAAAAACAGAGCGUCUCCUACUUGUUAUUAUAGGUAUUAUAAAAAGUUAAGAAUGAUAUAUCUCAUUUUGUCGGUUAUAUUGGUCCAUAGCCCAUCUAUAGCUUGCAUUAAUUAUG